GUGAUCAAGAUGAGCCUCAGCGCUAAAGACAAGGACACAGUGAAAACCUUCUGGGCCAAAGUGGCUCCCAGAGCGGGGGACAUCGGUGCUGAUGCUCUGUCCAGGAUGCUGGUGGUGUACCCGCAGACCAAGACUUACUUCUCCCACUGGCAGGACCUGAGCCCCGGGUCUGCCCCGGUCACCCAGCACGGAGCCAAAGUGAUGGCUGGAGUGGCUGAAGCUGUGGAGAAAAUCGACGACCUGGUUGCAGGUCUGCAGAAUCUCAGUGAGCUGCAUGCCUUCAGUCUGAAAGUGGAUCCGACAAACUUCAAGAUUCUGUCUCACAACCUGAUGGUGGUCAUGGCCAAGCAGUUCCCCAAGGAUUUCACUCCUGAGGUUCAGGUGUCCGUGGACAAGUUCCUGACUCUCGUGGGUCUGGCCCUGUCUGAGAAGUUCCGAUGA